UACCAUGUUUUUGGUAACUAAAUCAUGUCCAAGGGAUGUUAGGGGAUGGAAAACUCGUGGGAAGAACUUUAAUUGUUCUAAUCCAAAUGAAGUAUAUCAUUGCUUACCUGACGAAAACGGAAGGUUGGGAGAAACAUGUACCAAAGGACCUGCAGGCUGGGUUGAAAAAGAUUUCUGUCCCGAGUACAAUAGAGACACCAAUGAUGUGAACACAGUUCCUUGUCAUAUUUCAACUGACUGUCCAGAUGAAGCAUUUAAAACCAAUGAGGUUUAUAAAUAUCCAGUUUGUCUACAGGGAAGUUCUUCUGCUCAUGAUGGCGGAACCUCAUCUCUACCGUGGCAUAUUAUAGGCGUGGCUGUUGGAGUAAUUGCCCUCCUUGUUGUUUUCAGUGUGGUAGCUCUUAUCUGUUACAGAAAGAGAAGACGUAGAACAAGUUUGAUCAUAAAUUUAUAACAAUAUUUGAAAUGGAUAAAGGAAAGCAAAGUAUCAUAAAAAGUUAUAUAGUGUCUCAAUAUAUGAAGGCAUGCAUAAAAAAGAUAAUUAAAAAAAUCUUCUUACGUUAUAUCCAUAGAUAUGUAAUUGUUUUGGUGGUAAA